AGAUCCUAGAAAGGAGAUCUAACCCAAUUACCCAAGGGCUUUGCUUUUGCACUUUCCUUUUUUCCGUUUUCAGAGUACACAAGGUGGUGAAUUGAUGUUUUGCAUUUCAGUGCAUUUUGUGUUUCUCAUCAUUAUAUAAACCGCCUACAAUCGACGUCGAUCACAAAACCCCCUUUCCCAUAAAACUCAAACCGAUUAAAUUUCUUGAUCGUAUUCCAUAACAGUAGUUGUAGAAACUUGAACAAAUGGCAACGGUACUGACGUGGAUGGUGAUAGCAACGGCAUUCAGUUUCAGUGUUGCUGCUCCUGAAGAAGCUCUCAUCUCUCGAAUUGCAUUUGGUUCUUGCGCUAAUCAGACCUCUCCACAGCCUAUAUGGGACGCUAUAGUAAAUUUCAAACCUCAAGUUUUUAUUUGGCUUGGGGAUAAUAUAUAUGGAGAUAUCAGGAGGCCUUUUAAAUUGUUUGGGAAUGAGAGAACCAUUGGGCCAUGGAAGAACGUUCCUAGGUUUGUUCCUUCUUCAGUGGAUGAAAUGCAAGAGAAAUACAAGAUUGCAAAGAAGAAUCAUGGUUAUUCGCGUCUCCGUGAGAUUGCUAAGGUGAUUGGCACUUGGGAUGAUCAUGAUUAUGGAUUGAAUGAUGCUGGGAAAGAAUUUAAAGGGAAAGAUACCAAUCAAAAGCUUAUGCUGGAUUUCUUGGAUGAACCCCAUGAUAGUCCAAGACGUAAGCAGGCUGGUGUUUAUGCAUCUUACACAUUUGGUCCUGAGGGUAGACAGAUCAAGGUGAUUCUUUUGGAUACUAGAUACCACAGAGACCCCCUACGCAGUGAUGGAACUAUUUUGGGAACUGCACAAUGGAAGUGGUUAGAAAAGGAGUUGAAUGAUCAACCUUCAGCAAUAACAAUAAUUGGUUCAUCUAUUCAGGUUGUAUCAAAUCUUUCAGCAUGUACGGGUCCUUUAUUCUACAUGGAGAGCUGGGGACGUUUUCCAAGCGACAGAAAACAUCUUUUUAACAUGAUAUCAGAUAGCAAGAGAGAUGGGGUUGUAUUCAUAAGUGGAGAUGUACAUUUUGGAGAAAUAACACGAUUCGAUUGUGGGACCACGUAUCCCUUGUAUGACAUCACCUCAAGUGGUCUUACCCAAGCUGUUGAGAAGGUGAUCCCUUCAUUUCUACAUUUUGGGCUGAGAUUCUUGGCAUGGGUCACACCUACCACCAUGAGAGUUAUCAACAACAACUGCAAAUACAAAUCAUGCACAUACGGACAACCUAAUUUUGGAGUUAUACAAGUAGAUUGGGAGGCAAAACCCGUGAGUUUGAGAUUUGAAGUGAGAGGCGUAAGUGGUGAGGUUGUUAAUAGUGUGACUACAUCAUUGCCUGAUCUUAAAACCAAAACCAAAAAGACGCAAUUACCCCAACAACACUGUAAUCUUGAAGUUGAUUUACCAUGGCUUACAAGACAUCGCUUGGCUAUCUUAUUCUCCUUUUUUGUAACCGUGCUGAUUGUGGUGCAGGUAGGAGGUUUGUACGUGGUGAUUUCGUUGAUGGUUAAAUGCCUGCGGAAGUGCAAGCUUGAUUGA